AUGACCUCUCUAACACUCCCUCUUCCCCCGACUCUCAUCUCAACGCCCGCCCGUACAGUCAAACCGCAACUCGCGCUGUCCUCUCUCCGCCAAUCACAUCCCUUCCCACGCUUCUCACACUAUCGUCUCCCGAAGCCGAAGCCGCCGCCGCCAAAGACCAUCACCGCCUCCUUCGCCUACGUGUCUGGGCCCGCCUCCGACCCGAUUGUCAGUGAGCCCGACCCGAAAAUCGAUGAGCCGGACUCCAAGGGCCAGUCGCCGAGCGUGAUUAGCUGGGGGCUCUUGUUGAGCCUUCUGCUCAAGCACAAACUCAGGCUCGCCAUCUCGGCUUUCGCCCUCAUUGGCUGCAGCGCUUGCACUCUCUCAAUGCCCACAUUUUCAGGGCGGUUUUUCGAAGUACUCAUCGGGAGGAGGCCAGAGCCAUUGUGGAAACUGCUGAGUAAAGUUGGUGUAUUGUAUGCUUUGGAGCCAAUUUUAACAGUAAUUUUCGUUGUUAACCUGAAUACUAUUUGGGAAAAGGUUAUGUCCACACUCAGAGCUCAGAUUUUCGGAAGGGUUUUGAUUCAAAAGGUCGAGUUUUUUGAUCGUUACAAGGUUGGUGAACUGACGGGGUUGUUAACAUCCGAUUUGGGUUCUAUUAAAAGUGUUGUGAGCGAAAACAUUUCCAGGGACCGUGGAUUCAGGGCACUUACUGAGGUUAUCGGGACAAUAUGCAUACUAUUUGCUUUGGCUCCCCAACUUGCACCAAUCCUGGCUGUGCUGAUGUUGACCGUGUCUAUUUUAGUUGCUGUAUACAAGAGAUCAACUGUGCCUGUUUUCAAGGCUUAUGGAUUAGCUCAAGCAUCCAUAUCUGAUUGUGUGACAGAAACAUUUUCUGCCAUACGCACUGUAAGAUCCUUCGGUGGGGAAAAGCGCCAGAUGUUAAUGUUUGGCAGACAGGUGCUAGCUUACCAGAGCAGUGGAAUAAAGCUCGGGACUUUUAAAUCCCUUAAUGAAUCUUUGACUAGAGUUGUUGUUUAUAUAUCUCUAAUGGCCUUAUAUUGUCUUGGAGGAAGCAAAGUGAAAGCGGGUGAACUCUCUGUUGGAACUGUGGCUUCUUUCAUUGGUUACACGUUCACAUUAACUUUCGCUGUUCAAGGCCUGGUUAAUACUUUUGGAGAUCUUCGUGGAACUUUUGCUGCUGUGGAGAGGAUUAACUCUGUUUUGUCUGGGGUAGAAAUUGAUGAAUCCCUUGCUUAUGGUUUAGAAAGGGAGAUGCAACAAAAGAAAUUACUUGAUGAAAAUUACAGAUUGUUCCUCAUUGAUGGUUCAAGUGAGAAAAAUCAGUCAGUAAAUACACAUUACAUGUCAGCUCUGAAGUCAGCUAGUAACAUUAGUCGCUUAGCUUGGUCUGGUGAUGUUUGUCUUGAAGAUGUGCAUUUCUCUUAUCCCUUGAGACCUGAUGUUGAAAUUUUAAAUGGUCUAAAUCUAACGCUAAAAUGUGGAACUGUAACUGCUCUAGUGGGCCCAAGUGGUGCAGGAAAAAGUACUAUUGUGCAGCUAUUGGCACGUUUCUAUGAGCCAAAUAGUGGUCGUAUAACAGUUGCAGGAGAGGAUGUCCGAACAUUUGACAAGAGUGAAUGGGCACAGAUUGUCUCUUUAGUGAAUCAAGAACCUGUUCUCUUUUCGGUGUCUGUUGGAGAAAAUAUUGCUUAUGGGCUUCCAGAUGAUCAUGUAUCCAAGGAUGACGUGAUCAAGGCCGCAAAAGCUGCAAAUGCUCAUGAAUUUAUUAUUUCACUUCCACAGGGUUAUGAUACACUAGUUGGUGAACGUGGAGGCCUACUUAGUGGUGGCCAGAGGCAGAGAAUCGCUAUUGCAAGAGCUCUGCUUAAGAAUGCCCCAAUCCUGAUACUUGACGAGGCCACCAGUGCAUUGGAUGCGAUUAGUGAGCGCCUAGUCCAGGGUGCACUGAACCAUCUGAUGAAGCGAAGGACAACAUUGGUGAUUGCUCACCGAUUAAGCACGGUUCAGAAUGCCCAUCAAAUUGCACUGUGUUCUGAUGGGAGGAUAGCAGAACUUGGUACACACUCCGAAUUAUUAGCUAAGAAAGGUCAAUACGCUUCAUUGGUUGGCACUCAAAGGCUGGCAUUUGAAUGA